AUGCUGACGGAGCUGGAGGGCAGGGCCUCGGAAAUAAAUCGGCAGCUGCAGCAGCAAAACGAAACCCUCGGACUAAUUGCUGCUGGAGUGCAGCAAAACAAAGCCGAGAUGGAGAAGCAGCAGCAAGAAAUCAAACGCGCCAUCAAGCGCUGA